CUCCACCAAUGAACACAGCCCAAAAUAUGUUUCCUCCAUCACAAACAUACUCUUCGGUAUUCACAAUUCUAUAAACCCGCAUUCUUCAAUUCGACAGCACAGACACACUCACAUUCAACUCUAAAAAACAUGAAACCGUUGAUUAACUUCAGAACCUUGAUCACCACUCUCCUAUACUUUUCCAUCUCCCUCUUUACUCUUCAAGCCUACGACCCAAUUGACCGUUACACCCUCAAUUGUGGCACAACAGGAAACUCUACCGACGGAGAAAGAACAUGGACAGGAGACACAAACUCAAAACUUUUGUUAUCAUCACAAAACAACAACCCAACAACAAUUUCUGUUCCAACAACAACACAAAAACCUUCCAUCAACAAAAUCCCUUAUUCAACAGCUCGUUUAUCACACUCAAUAUUCAACUACUCUUUCCCAGUCACUCAAGGUCCUAAGUUCCUCCGUCUUUUUUUCUACCCUUCUACCUAUUCCAACGGUUUCAACCGUUACGAUGCUUCCUUCACCAUGGUAUCUAACGGAUUCACACUUCUUAAGGAUUUUAAUGCUUCGUUAAACGCUGAUGUUGAAGGCGUUGAUACUUUAUUCAAGGAAUAUGCUAUCAACGUUGGUGAUGACCAAAGACUUGAUUUGAGUUUUAUUCCAAGUAGUAGAAAUUCUAAUAACUAUGCUUUCAUUAAUGGAAUUGAAGUCUUAUCUAUGCCUGAUGAUCUCUAUUAUAGAUCAUCCACUGAUCCUAGUUUUUCACUUGUGGACUCCACUAUCACUGCAUAUAGUAUUUCAACCAACGUUGCACUUGAGACAGAUUACAGGAUCAAUGUUGGAGUGCAAGCAAACUCACCAAAUGUUCAAGACACAGACAUGCUCAGAAACUGGAAUGAAACCGACAUAGACUAUUUAAGAACGCCAACAUCACGAGAUUUUUCCUUUGGAGACAUAAGAGGCACAAAUAACAUCACUGUAAACCCUGAUUACAUGGCACCCAAAGACAUCUACAGAACAUCACGUGACUUGGGCACCAAUGCCACUCUCAACAAACUCUUGAACCUAACUUGGGAGUUCCCAGUUGAUUAUGGUUUCUAUUACUUGAUCAGGCUCCAUUUCUGUGAACUCGACCCCAGCAUAACUAUCGUAGGUGAUAGAGUCUUCAUCAUCUAUUUACAAGGAAACGUGGCGGAAGAUCAUGCUGAUGUUAUGAAAUGGACCCAAGAUCAAAAAGGUCUUGCUGUACAAAGAAACUACGCCGUAUACAUUCCAAAGAGUAAUAAUAACGGUAACAAGAAAGCUAGCCUCUCUCUUCAAUUGCAUCCAUAUGCUGAUCGUAGAGACACCAUAUACAGCGACCCUUUUUUAAAUGGACUUGAGAUUUUCAAAAUCAGUGAUGUGCAUUCAAAGAAUCUGGCUGGACCUAACCCGGAUCCGCUUCAAAAUCCGAAUAAACCGCAAAAGAAAAAAAACAUAAGUGGAACGACAAUAAUCGGCGUCAUUUUGGGAGUUGUUUUUGGCGUAUUUUCACUCUCUGUUGUCGUUUAUUUCGUUUUUAGGAAGAAAAGAGAAACUAAAGGGAAAACCAAAACUCAAAACUUACAUCUACCUUCGGGACUCUGCCGCAAUUUUUCCAUUGCCGAGAUGCGUGCCGCCACGAACAACUUCAACAAGCUCUUCAUCAUCGGCGUAGGAGGAUUUGGUCAUGUGUACAAAGGGUACAUUGACAACGGUUCAACAACUGUUGCAAUCAAAAGACUAAAACCGGGUUCACAGCAAGGAGAAAACGAGUUCAUCAACGAGAUCGAUUUGCUCUCAAACCUCCGUCACAUACACCUCGUUUCUUUAAUUGGUUAUUGCAACGACAACAACGAAAUGAUUAUAGUAUACGAUUUCAUGACACGUGGAACUUUACAAGAACAUCUCUACAACACAGACAAUCCAGAAUUAUCAUGGAAACAGCGGUUGAAGAUUUCAAUAGGUGCGGCCCGUGGUUUACGUUACCUUCAUUCAGGUACGAAACACCCGAUCAUUCACCGUGACGUCAAAACGACAAAUAUUCUGUUAGAUGAGAGAUGGACAGCGAAGGUUUGUGAUUUUGGUCUUUCACGAUUUGGGCCUACGGGUAUAUCAAAGACCCAUGUUAGCACUGUUGUUAAAGGUAGCAUUGGUUACUUAGAUCCUGAGUAUUACAGACGACAUCGUUUAACAGAGAAAUCUGACGUGUAUUCUUUUGGAGUUGUUUUAUUUGAGAUACUCUGCGCUCGACCCCCUAUUAUUAGAAGCGUGGAGCUGAAUCAGGAGUCACUCGCCGAUUGGGGAAAGUAUUGUUAUAAAAGUGGGAUCAUCGAGAGUAUCGUGGAUCCUUCUAUAAAGGGCAGUAUAACGCCCGAGUGUUUGGAAAAAUUCGGUGAAAUCGCGGCUAGCUGUUUGUUGGAUGAUGGAACUAUGAGACCGUCGAUGAACGACGUCGUUUGGAUGUUGGAAUUUGCUUUGCAGUUACAAGAGAAUGCGGAACAACCUGAGCAUCUUGUUGUUGGAAAUGAUGACGUGGAAGAUGGUGGAAGAACGGACGUUAAUGAUGUAUUAUUUAGUGGGAUCAAUUCAGGAAAUGUUUCGGAUUUUAAUAAGAGUGUUGAUGUGAAUUUAGAUGAUAGAUAUUAGAUAAUGUUUGGUUCAAAGAGAUGGGGACAAAGUUAUCAAAUUUGAAAGUUAGACAAGUGAAUGUGUUUAAUGCAAAUA